CUUAAACGAAAUCGAAAGUCUUCGUGUUGUAUUCGUGUUGCAGCGUCUCUCGUCUCCACAGGACAGAUCAGGACUUAGGAAGAUGAGCUCCAUGGAGAAAAGCUACAACCUCCACGACCAGACGCUCAGAUUCGUGGACAGAGAGGAUGAGAUGGAUUUUCUUUAUGAGGAAUUCGCGUCUCCCAGAGCAGAGAUGUCCUGCGGUCACGCCGUCACUCCUAUGUCUCUCACUAACUGGUGCCGCAGGUUGUUGGAAGAGGGUAAAAGUAAGUUUGUUUGCGGUCAGCCCAACUGUAAUAAGGAGUGGCCGUAUGUGGAAGUUCGUAAAAUGGCUCUACUGACCCCAGAGGAAAGAGAAUACUUUGAAAGCACAAUGGCUAAAAAUGCAGCCAGAGAAUAUUUCAACUCCAAAACAUGUCCUGGAUGUAAAUUCUCUGUGAGGAGGAAAAAUGAGUCCAACCUGAGUGUGCGUUGCCAGAUUUGCACAGAAAGGAAAGGAAAGGCGUACGAGUUCUGCUGGCAGUGUCUGAAAGAGUGGAAGGGUCCACAGCCACGCUCAGACCGCUGUGAUAAUGACGGCUGCAUCAACGAGCCUCUGAAAGCUCUGAAGACCUGCCCAGAAAUCGUCUUUGAAUCAAUUAAAGACGUCCGGGGGUGUCCUUCCAUCAGAGCCUGUCCCACCUGUGGAUCUCUGCUGGAACACACCUCGAAAAAGUGUAAAAAUCUUGUCUGUCCUCGAUGCAGAGUGGAGUUCUGCUUUGUGUGUCUUAAACUCACAUUUCAGUGUUUGAGAACAAGCCGUCAUUAUAUACCGUGCUCAGAUGGUGUCGCUCCCAGACAAACCUCCAUCCCUGUGUGGCAUCAGAACACAUAGUCAGGACUCUGUAUCUUUGGAUUUUGAACUAUUUGAAUAGAAGACAUAAUCAUCAACAAAGUUAACAAGACAGUGAGCUACAUUUUACAACAAGGAGAACAAUAAAGGGCAACAGAGAGAACACAUUACAAUUAUAGUAAGACUUAAAAAAAAAAA